UAUAGGGAAUUGAGAACGGAAUCCAUUGCGAGACCUCUGGAGAUAAACGAGACUGAAAAGGUGAUGAAAAUUGCCAUCAAAGAUGUUCUGGAGCAAGUCCAGAAGACUAAGGACAUGUUGAAUAAUGUGGCCUCUGAUGAAGCUAACUUGGAAGCCAAGAUUGAAAAGAGAAAACUGGAACUGGAAAGAAACCAGAAGCGACUACAGACCCUACAGAGUGUCCGACCAGCUUUUAUGGAUGAGUAUGAGAAGAUUGAGGAGGAGCUGCAGAAACAAUAUAGCAAUUAUCUGGAAAAAUUCCGUAAUCUGGCCUAUUUGGAACAGCAACUGGAUGAUCAUCACAGGCUAGAGCAGGAGAGGUUUGAGGAAGCAGAGAACACACUACGCCUGAUGCAGAACAGGCUGAAGGAGGAGGAAAAACGCCUGCUCAAAAGUGGAAGUAACGAUGAUUCAGACAUAGAGAUCCAAGAGGACGAGGGAUCUGAUAGUGAAGUGGAAGACAGGCAGCUAAUAAAGCAGCGCACGGCCAUGGAGACCCUGAUGCAAGGGAGACCCAACAAACGGAUUGUGGGGACAAUGCAAGGUGGAGACACAGAGGAUGAUGAGGAGUCGGAGGAUAGUGAGAUUGACCUGGAUGAUGAUGAAGAUGAUGAUGAGGAUGACAUUGAAGAUGACAGCAUGGAAAUCUCUCCCAGCAAGGCCAAUCGCCGGGCCAGGAAGCCAGAGCCACUGGAGGAGAGUGAUAAUGACUUCUGACUCUCCUUCCGAGGGGGAACCACUCAACAUCUUGAGAUGAAAAUUUCAGACAGCGCAAGGAUUGGGAAUGUAACACACUGCUGGGCCUGCAGGUAUUUUAUAUCAGAAUGAAAUUUGAAGUUGGUAAAUAAUAAAGCUAUGUUCAUAGUGACAGUUAAACUUUAAUUGCCAGUCUUCUUCCCUGCUCGUCUUUCCCAAAGUUUGACUCAUUCUGAUGAUAACUAAAAGUGAUGUAAUAUUAAAUACUUGUUUACUUAACCUCUUGGAAAGUGGGAUUGUAUAUGAGCAUUAGAACUAGGGCUCCAAGCUUUGAAAACCACUUCCAAAUGGUCAUUUAAGCCUUGUCUACACACAAACCUCUACAAGUGUAACUAAAACUGGUUACAACUGAUGUAAAACCCUUGUGUGGGUACAUUUGAAUUGAUUUAAACCUGCUUUAUAUUGAUUUAGCCAAAAAAGAUGCCUUAACAAAUUAAGGGGUUGUUACCACACAGAGGUUCACCAGUUUAACUAUAGAUGUGAUAUUAAACUGAUAAGGUAAGCCAUUGCAGAACACUGUGUGGAUGCUGUUAUAUUGGCAUAAACCCAUCUUAUGUCAGUAAUUUAUCUUAAAUCUGUCAGGAAGCGGGUUAAGCAAAAUUGCAAUAAUCCACUCUUGAACCACCAUCACAAGGCUUUGCAGCAGUUGAACUAAAUCAGCAUAAGCAUCAGCCCUUUAGUUAAAGUCCUGAACCUAUAUGUAGACCAGGCCGUAGUCUCUUGCAAUGAGUGCAGUCAAAUAUGUCCCAAGUUUGUCUAACUGUCUAAGGGUUUGCCUUCAUUGCAAUGCGUGCCUUACAGGACCUUCCUUCUUUGGAUAUCUUUUGCAUGAUACCUUCCGAUACGACAACUGCUUAGAGAUUCUCUUGCAUAAACAAGUCUAAAAAGCCACAGAAGUCUAUUGUACUAUCAAAUCCUGCUGUCCUCCUGCGUGCUAUACAAGUUGUGUUGUUUAUAUAGAUUCCCGUGUUUCAGAAAUAAAUGUAUUUUCUACAUUGA